GUCGACCCGGGGUUUAGGCGACUUUGGUGUUGUUCUCUUCGUCGUGAAGUUGGAUCGGACGCAUGACGAGCUGGUUUGGCCACACGCAGACGGUCGCGAGCAUCUCGAAGAGCGUGUCGACGGUCGCGGGCGGGAUCAUCUGCCUCGAGUCCAACGUCACGAGCUUCAUGAAGAAGGUCAUUUACUACGAAGGCUUCUUCCAGCGCAUGCACGACAAGCUACCCGACGAGGUCAACUACGCAGCCAAGAAGCUCAUCCGAAGGUGCUACGAGUACCGCGAGGCGAUCCGCGACGAGCUCCAGUCCAGCGUCGCCUACGUGGCGGAUGCAGGUCGAUGGCUCAUUGGCAUGGAAGACUGGAAUACAAAGAUGGAGAAGCGCUUGGGGCAGAUUACCGAGCUGGUGAUUCUCGCCAACAGCUUGCUCAUGGAAUACAUGCUCACGGGCGAAAUCGGUGCCAAAGGCGCCGAAGAUGACUUGAGCCUCUACGUACACGGCAUUACCAACUCGAUUGUGCUCCAAGACGACGCACUCUUCAAGGAUUCGCUCAACAAGUCCAAGCCCAACUCGACGACAGCGUCGCCGCGGGACCAGCCGCCACCAACAAAGGUCAUUGCCGAGACGCCGCCGCCGACGCUAAUGUCGCCGCCCGCGCCGCUGUCAAGGAACGACGUCGACGACAGUGCUGACGACGACAACCACUGCAACCCGUUCAACGACGUGCACGAAACGUACUUUGCAGCGCCCAUGCCGAUCCCAAAGCGCGUGCAACCGGCCGAGACGUCGCCAGCCGGAUCGGCAGCGUCGCACUCGUACAGCGACUACUGUCAUCUCGACGAAGAGUACGCGGCGACGCUGAGCGAGAUGCGGUCGUUUCCGCCGUCGAUGCACCGGGGCACGCAAAACGCGGCAAAGAAGCCGACACCCGCGCGCAAACCGCCGGUGUACGACUUGACCAUGUCGUUUGACUUUCAGAAAGAGCGCGCCCACAACCCAUUUGUUCGGGACCCGGGCGUCGCCACGAUCGCAGAGACCGACGACCUGCCGGCACUCGUAGAGCCAAGCCGAGACGCGACGCGAGAGUAACAUGCAUGCAUCCAGUCGUGUUUCUUAGAUACACUCUUCGUACAAGGACGGACGGCCGUCAAUAAAAAAUGUGCACAAUAUACAUCGGCGACGACGCAGGGCCGCGCCACUUCAAUGGAAAA